AUGGGACUAAGCUUCGUUUUCAGUCUCAACUGUCUAAAAACCUUGGAGCUAACCAGUGACACUGAAGCUCCAGUAUCGACAAGGGCCUUCACCUUCUUGCCUCCCAGCAACACAUUACAAGUGAAGUCUGGCCCUUCCUUCAGAAAACAGUAUACCUGUGCCUUUCUCCUUCCCGUAUGUUCUCUCCCUUUCUCUCGCUUCCUCGACAACCGAGACAUGGGAGUUGGUGACAGGAGUUCAACUUUUUCUAGGGGCUCCCAUUUCUGUCUAGGGGCCCUCCAGGCAACCCAUUUCUCCCCUCUAUUCGAGUUAGGGUUGUUCCAUUCAGUGUGGUCCAUCUUACUCCUGCGAGGACAGGUUCGUCUCAGGGGACCUGCUCCACCACGGCGCCAACACCUUCGCUCCUUACAACUUGCCAAAAACGUCUUGUCAACUACCACUUUCCCACGAGAAGAGAGACCGAUGACAGAACAAAAGGAAAAAUACUUAACACAGUGGUGGCGCUUCAGUUGCGUACAAAGUCAACAAAGUCGAAACAAGAUCAACAAUAUUACUGGCAGAUCUAAGUGCAAUGAGCAAACAAAGGAAACCGUGUUUUGUUUCUUUUUCCUCCUUCUUUUGCUUCCUUCUCUUUUCCUCCUUAUGUCUCUUUUAGACCAAUAUAGUCCGAAGACUAGAGUCCUUUCUAGUCUUACUUGGUCCCAACUGGAGAAAACAAAUGCAACCUUCUCUCUUCUUUCAGAAGGCCGUGGUUUGCAGUGUGAAGGUAUCUAUCGAAUAUCUGGAGUGAAAUCAAAAGUACAGAUGUUGAAGGAAGCCUACAAUGAUGGAGUUCCUGCUUAUUUAUAUGAACAUGAACCAAAUGUAGUUGCCAGUUUAUUGAAACAGUUUCUUCGAGAAUUACCAGAACCAGUUUUAACUACAGCUCUCAUGCCCAAAUUUGAAGAAGCUUCAAUUAUUAAGAAUGAUGCAAAAUGCAUUGAACAGUUUCAAGCUUUGAUUGACAUGUUACCAACCUGUAAUCGCUUGCUGCUUUCUUGGAUGAUAGUUCAUAUGACACACAUUAUCAAAAGGCAAAAAGAAAAUAAAAUGAGUUUGCAAAAUGUAUCCAUUGUAUUAAGUCCUACAAUGCAAAUCAGUCAUCGUGUGCUGAAUGUUCUAUUCUCCCAUGUGAAGGCACUUUUUAAUGACACCUGCAUUAAGAAAUACAUACCACCUUUGAAGCCAGCAACAUCUCGUUGGUCUUUAGAACUUCCUGAUAAUCUUUGUGCUCUUGAAGAAGAAUUAGCUAAGCAAGAAUCUCUGCUUGACCAAUUACAUGAGGAACUUAAUGCUGGUGUGGAAGAUACGUCCAAAAAUGAACAACUCUGGGAAGUACAGCGUGUUGUUACUCAACUCAAGAGAAAGAUUAAAUUUGCUCGGAAAGCAAUGGAAGCUGCUGAGAAAAGAAAAAAAGAAAUUGAACAACAAAAGCGUGUUGCUUCUGUUCAUGAAGAAGAUGAAGAAUUAAAAUUAGAUUUGCAAGAAAUCCCCAGUCAUCCCAGUGGAGCUACAGAGAUACCGGAGACCCAAGAAAUAGAUAAUGUAAUCCAACCAACUGAAGCAGAUCCUGCAACAAAUUACUUGGAUAAAGCAACAAAUGAAGAUGUUGCUGUUGCUAUGCUUACUUCAACUUCUGUGAUAGAUUCUCAGCAACAGACAACAAAGCAAGUUAUUGUGCCUGCUGUGUCUGUCCCCUGUGUUACAUUGGAGCAACCUGCUCAAGGAAAUGUGGAAGUUGAAGCUAGUGCUGGUGAUAAUAUCAACAGUAAUAAAUACAAACUAGAAGUAGGAACUGAUGGAAACGACAAUACCCAAACUCUUACAUCCGUUCAAGUGCAUAUACAUAACAAUAUAACCACCAACGCAAAUACAGUAUUAGAACCUUUAGCUCCUUCAACAGAAAAAGAAAGGCCUGAUUUUCAAGCUGAUGUUGAGGUCUAUGUGCCUACAGAAACUUCUGUUGUAUUACCAGCAAACAUCAAUGAUAUUAUUAAUGAAACUGAUUUCAUGUUUGAUGAGGAACUGCUCCAAUUACUGGAAGAAGAAGAAGCACUCAAACUUGAAGAAGAAGAGUUGUUAGCAAUAAGUGACGAACUUCACCAGAAAAUUGAAACUGAACAAAGUGAAAUUGAGCGUCUUCACCAAGAAAUUGUAGAAUUACAAUAUUUACGACAAGAUUCUGAUUUGGAUGAUAUGAGUUCAAGUUCUGAAAGCAGCUAUGAAAGUGAGGAUGAAGAUGAACUGCAAGAAAUUUUGAACCAACUUAUUAGAGACAAUGAACUUCUUGAGAAAAAGAAUACAGAACUAUGUCAGAAAAUACAUGAAGAAAGAAUGAUUUGUUUGGAUGUGAAGGUUCGAAUUCGACUUUUACAACAAAAGCAGCAGGAUCCAAAUUACACUACUAGUGGAGGAGGAAAUGCAUCAACGACCACAGGAACUGGUAGUGUUGAAAGCAAUGCACUUCCAUGA